UAUCGCCUCUCCGGAGCUAAACGGGACAGUGCUAUGAGGACUCUCCCCAAAAGCAAAACUUGCGAAGUGUACUGCGUCUCCGGGCAUGGACACUCAGGCUGCGCUGCUGCACAGGGACAGGGGGAGCUGAAGGAGCCCACCCAGUCACUGAGCCCCCCCACGAAGCCUGAGGAUCAGGCAGAGCAGGAGGAAGAGGGGGGGCGAGCACCAGUGUGUGGCUCUUGGAGGAGAUGGAUGUUAGGUCUUCUGCCUUUCUUUCCCUUCGCUGCUGCCAUUGCACUGACUCUCCACUUCUUGACGCCUCCGCCCUCCUCAGUGUUCUUCCUCGGUGGCAGCGUGGAGUUCCCAAACCUGAGCUUCACCUCAGAGCUGGCUGACUCCACCUCCCCUCAGUUCCGCCUGCAGGCUCGGGCUUUGAACCAUUAUUUCUCAGAGCUCUACGAGUCCUCGCCGUGGAGCUCUUACUACCUGCACUCAGGAAUUACUGCCUUCAGUGAAGGAGCGGAAGGGCUCAAUGUCUUCUACUGGAGUAAAUUCUCCGCCCCGGAUGAUGUUGCAGUGGCGAUCCGGAUGUCCAGCCCAGAGAGGCUACAGCGCAGGCUUCCUGGCAGCAACAAGGUGCUGCGGGACAGCCGCAAUGAGCAGCGCUAUUACAUGGAGCAAGAUGACGACAUGCUCCACCUGCUGGGUUUGGACCCUGACGACAUUGAGUCAGAAGAAAAAUUGGACAAGAGUAAGAAUCCAAACAGCAUCCAGAGUGGGAAGUGGCAGCUUGGCUUCCAAGCAAUGUCCUUUGACCUCUAUGCCAAAUAUGGCAACAACCGCACCCUGAGCCUUGUGAGUCCCAAGAAGCCGUACUACCAGUGGCGUCUUCGCGUGCCGUCGGGUCAUGUGGUUCGACUGGUCAUCCUCACCCUGCAUGGUGCCACACCAGGAAGCUGCACCGCCCACAAGCUCUCGGCCUACGACUUUUUACUUCCAUUACAGAACAAGAUAAUUGCCAGGUGGUGUGGGCUCCCUAUUUCGGGUUCGUCCCCUGUCAUGAAGCUGACAUCCUCUGGGAAUGUGAUGCUGGUCACCUUCUCCUUCAGCAGACAGAGGGAUGGAGCAAUAUUUAAAGCUUACUUCCAAGCCAUCCCAAAAGCAGGUUGUGGAGGGUCGAUUUCCUCCUGGAACGGCUCUAUUUCCUCCCCCUACUACCCUUCUUAUUACCCUCCUAACAUAGACUGCACCUGGACGCUACGGGCGCCGUUGCCAGGAUACCUGAUCUCCAUGACGAUCGUGACGAUAGACAUUCAGGAUUCCUCGUCAUCAGACGGCUGUGAGAAAGACUGGCUGGACAUUGGAGGGGUCAAGCUGUGUAAUCCAGUGUCAGACAGCAGCAAAAAGCGAGUCUACUCCUCUCCUCUCUCCCUCCACUUCCAUUCAGACGAAUCUCUCACUCACAAGGGCUUCUACUUGGUCUACCGAGCCUUCUCUCCAGAGGGCACCUGUCCUCGCCAGUUUCGCUGCGGAGAUGGACGCUGUAUCCCUCUGAGGAAGGUGUGUGAUGGAAUAAAAGACUGCUCAGAUGGACGGGACGAGGCUAAAUGCUCAUCCUGCAGGCCAGGUGAAGUGUUGUGUGGGAACGGCCAGUGUAAGCCUCAGAGCAGCCAGUGUGUGAGCCAGAGCGCGUGUGCAGACAGCAGUGAGGAAGGCGCCUGUGGAGGGAAAUGUUACCACGUGUGUCCCAACAAGGUGUGUUUGCCAAAGUCUUCAGUGUGCGAUGGUGUUGUUGACUGCAAAGACCGCAGCGAUGAACUCAACUGUACCAGAGCGUACCUUAAAGGCUGCUCCUCAUCCUCUUACAAAUGUGCUAAUGGAAAGUGUGUGAGUAAGGUUAACCCUGAGUGUGAUGGAGUCAAAGACUGCUUUGACGGCUCUGAUGAACUGCGCUGUGGUUGUGGCACCAGGCCCAGGAAGCGUACUAAAAUAGUGGGUGGCUCUGACGCUGGGGCGGGGUCAUGGCCGUGGCAGGUCAGCCUCCAGAUGGAUCGCUACGGCCACGUCUGUGGAGCCACACUUGUCGCCAGCCGCUGGCUCAUCUCUGCAGCUCAUUGCUUCCAGGACUCAGAUGCCAUUAAAUAUUCAGAUGCCCGUGCAUGGCGGGCCUAUAUGGGAAUGCGUGUGAUGACUACAGGGAACAACGGCGCAGCCACCAGACCGAUCCGUCGGAUCCUCCUCCACCCACAGUAUGACCAGUUCACCUCUGACUACGACAUCGCCCUCCUCGAGCUCAGUGCUCCGGUCUUCUUCAAUGACCUGGUGCAGCCUGUGUGCGUCCCCGCCCCCUCACACACCUUCACAACAGGGACCAGCUGCUACGUCACAGGCUGGGGGGUCCUCAUGGAGGACGGUGAACUGGCCUCUCGCUUACAAGAGGCCUCAGUGAAGAUAAUCAACAGGAAUACUUGUAACAAGCUGUAUGACGAGGCUGUUACUCCCAGGAUGCUGUGCGCAGGGAACCUGCAGGGAGGGGUGGACGCCUGCCAGGGUGACUCAGGAGGUCCGUUGGUGUGUCUGGAGCGAGGCAAGCGGUGGUUCCUGGCAGGGAUCGUGAGCUGGGGCGAGGGCUGUGCGAGGCAGAAUCGCCCCGGUGUCUACACGCAGGUGGUCAAGUUCACUGACUGGAUCCAUCAGCAGACCAAAGGACAGGUGUGACUGAACAACACACUGACAUGAAAUAAAGACUUAACACACAGGACGAAGGUCUCAGACCUGGAGUCCAUCUUCAGAUCGUUGUCAUGACUGCAUGACAACACAUUCAGUCAGUUUUUGGGAGUGUGUCCAUGGCAACGGGCCUGCGGGGACAUCAUCAGCGCUCCAAACCGACCAGCUUCCUUAUAAUCUCCGACCACUGACAGUGGCUAUGUUGACAUGCACAAAAAAUGUAACCUGGUUGUUAAAUUAAUUUGAUUUUGGGUCGUUACACAUAAAUGUUGGAAUUUGGUUUGAAUACCUUACACAGGUUACAAAUACAAUACCAAAUUAUGUUAGAGAAUCCUGUGCUAAUUUCACAGGGUGCUUAAACAUAAAACCACACUAUCAGCUUUUAGUUUUCACUGCACACACGUAGACCGAACUGUGGUUCAAUAUUUAUGACUCUAAUUUUGACAGAGCAAUAGCUUGCUCAAAGUCAAGUCAAACUUUAUUUGUAGAGCACCUUUAAAACAAUGACAGUUGACCAAGUGCUGAUCAGUCACAAAUUACCAAAACAACAGAGGACGCAUUGCAGCACAACAGAGGAUGUCAAGCUCAAAUCAACGAGAUGAGGAGGGUCUUCAGCAGCAACUUAAAGGUUUCUGUGGUCUGAGCAGUUUUCAUUUGAAUAGGUAAGGUGCAGAAGUUCGGUCACCACUGUUUGUGUUUUGUUCUGGGAAUAUCCAGGAGCAUCUAAUUGGUCAACUUCAGUGCUCCAACUAGAAUAUGAAGAUGCAAAAGUUCUGCUUGAUAAGGUGGCACCAGCUGGUUUAAAGCAGGAUUUAUACUUCUCCUUGGAUAUGUAACAACACGUCCCAGCGACACAGACGUCCUGUCUAUUUUUGAAAGCUGAAACCAUUUCCCUCAGUGGAAACAAAGCUUUUAUUUACUUUAAUUUCACAGAUAAGAAA